UGUGCAGGGGAAGGAAAGCGCGUGGGUGUCCAUUAGAGGCCUCAGAGAUAUCAUUAAUCACACCAGGUUUGAAAACUAAAUGAUUAUUAUGUUCACACUGUGAUCGAGGUGAAUGAUGGAGACUGCGGAAACGGAGCCGUUCCGGAUCGGCUCCACUGUCCGGGCGCUGCGGUGCGCUCUGCGGAGGGAAACCGGACACGAAGCCGAGUCUGAGCGCUCUGACAGCGGGGAAAGAAGCUCCAGCGAGCGGGACAAGCUCUGGUUUAAAGAGAGCAGCGCCAAAAACCUGAGGAACCGAGACUUCCUGGCGCCCAACACGGUUCUGGCGACGCUUUACUCCGACGGACAGGUUCCUCCAGCUGUUCUAAGGCGUGUCCUGUCUCUCCGUGGAAGUGGUGUGUUACCAUUUGCAGGAUGUGACAUCACAGCCGAGGGCCUGCGUGUAACAGUGGACCGCUGCGCGGCGUUCCGAGGUGUUCUGUGUGGGAUGAACACAUACCUGAGACCUGCCACUCAAAGACAGGGGUGUGUUCUGAUCAACUGUCCUGCACUGCAUGCCAAACAAGCCCCGCCCACUCCAGACACGCUGACACUGGGGCAGCUCCGUACUGUCCUCAUCGCCGACCACCUCGGAGCAGUGCUCCUGAGACAAGGUUACUCUGUGUCCUUCUGUCCUGCCCUGCCUGAGGACAGUGGCAUCAUCAGCUUCCUCCGAACCCUGGGUAUCGAUUGGCCGAUAGCAUCUGUGAGUUGGACUAGUGAGGAGAGAGAGGCAAAGAUGAAGAAUGCUCUGGAGAACUGUUCUUACAGAGAGACAGAUGGCGAGAGAGGGAGGAGAGCGAGUAAAGGAGAGGAUGGAGGGAUGACAGAGGAGGUCAGGAUAAACCUAAAGCGAGUGAUGGAGGACGUUGAGCUGCAGGGUUAUGACCCCACUCUUGGCACUUGCACAGUGCAGCGAGAGGCAUUGUGCCAUCUGGCUCAGCUGGAUAGAGCCGUAGAAGACUUUCCUGCGUCCACGGCUACAGUGCUGCACGUGACUUCCUGUCAGGACGAGUUCCGCCAACAGCAGACAGCCAUGCUUUGGAGAGCUACCAGCGCCAUGGCAACGCAGAGGCUGGUAUUGUGUGGUCCAGUAAAGACUCCAGGCUCUCAAAUGAGCGCAGCGCAGUACCUGCAAUUAAGAAGAGCUCAGAUGAAGGAAGCUUCAGAAAUGAAAUAUGGUGAGCAAGUAGAAGGACAGACUUGGGAUGACAUCAUCAGAGUGAUGACUUGUGCCACAGUGAGAUUUGAGCUGCUUUCCACAGCACACACGAGCCCAGUGACUCUCGAUGUACAGCGUGAAGUGGGCGUGUCUACAAAGGGUCCCAGGGGAGGAGUCUUUGUUAUGUAUAACUGUGCGAGACUACACACGUUGUUCAGCAGCUAUGAAAAAGGUGUCGAGCAAGGCAUCUACCCCGAAAUCCCUGCAGGCACAGAGUUGGAUUUUUCCUCUCUAAAAGAAGAGGGGGAGUGGCUUCUUCUUUUCAAUUACCUUAUUCCAUUCUCUGAGCUUCUGGACCUAUCGGGACAGACGCUGGAGCUGGAUGGGGCAGGAGCCAGGGUUAAUUUAAGAACAGAGCAGGUCUGCAGAUUCCUGGUGUCUCUCAGUAAAGACUUUAGUUCAUAUUAUAACAGAGUUCAUGUACUUGGGGAGCCGUUACCUCAUCUUUUUAAUCAGAUGUUUUGCCGGUUGCUGUUGCUGAAGGCUUUGAGGGAACUUUACCACAGCGCCUUGGAUUCUCUAAAUCUGCCCCCGAUUCCACAGCUAUAGCUCAGAGUCCUAUGACACCACCAGUACGUCGAAACCAACAAUCCAUGCCACAUAGAAAUGUGCCUGAAAUGUCAAAAAGUAACUAGGAAUAUACCUGAAAAUUUGCUACAAACUUUCCAUAAUCAACCUAAAACACACCAAGAAGUAUUAAACGACUUGUCCUCAGUUAUGCCUCGGUCACAACCGGCCGUACGUGCUCCUACGGCCUGUCUACGUGCAAAAAAAUGCAAGAAACGCACGGAGGGCGCGCGUGUGACGUGCUGAUUUUCAAGCUGCAGACCGGCCGCAGAGGUUCUUUGUCGUGUCAAACAAACUCUACGGGCGCUUACUUUUUUUCAGGUUGCAAGACAAACUUACAGCCAACGUGCGUCUUUCUCCACGAACAAAAAAAACGCAGCGAUUUGGGAAACGCCAAAAAUUGCACGGCCAAAAAAUCGUAUGUCCACUUGUGACCUAGGCUUUACACACCUGAAAUACGGUCAUAUUUUCCUCUGGUUCUGAAAAAAAAAGCCCCCAAAUAUUUCUCUUAUGCCAAACUUUAAUCUUUACUUACAUGCAACUAAAAAGUAGGAGUUCUAUCAGAAAUUCUCUCCAGAAACCACAAAACAACCACAACACAUGCUGUAAUGAAUACUGCACCGUAACAGUCUUGUUAUUGGUAUGUGUUUUACUAAUUCCUUGUUUCUAUAGUAACAGAUCAUCCACGGGAACUUGGUUGACAUUCCACAUAACCGACAUGAAGCGUAACAAUAAAAAUAUUCCUAAAUGUGUUAUAUAUCAAAGAAAACGGUUGAUUAAUUGAUAUAUGGUGCAGUUUUCUGUAUAUAGAGGUUUAUUUAAUAUUUAUGGAAGGAGUCUGGAGUGUCAGCACUUUGUAAUGGUCAGUUAGUUUUCCCCCACAGGACAGUCUUCAGGACAGAGGACUUUGCACAUUUUUGUUUCUUCUAACACGAUAAUCUACAUGGUUUUUGUUCUUAAAGGCAGGGUAGAUAAUUUUUUAGAAGUAUUUUCUGUUAUAGUUCUUGAAAUUCUUUUUAUAUCCUGACAGCAAUGAUAAAUCAAAUGCUUGGACAAUAAAAAGUAAGAAUCUGGAGUACGCGACCGUCACAGGGCUGUAAAUAAAAAUAAAAAAAAAGCAGUUUAAUCAAUUCAUUCAGUCCACAUUAAAUGAUUGGAUGGCCUAACUGUUUGUAUACCUACCUACCUGUGCGCACUCUGCCCAUUCACUCCUUGCAUGUGACUGGAGUCUUCCAUAAGGCGAGGCGGACAUACUGUAUUGUUCAAACUAGCAAGCUAGUCGGCAGCUGUGACUACUAACAGUAGCCAUAUUAGUUGUUUUUACAUUCAUUAUGAUAAUGCUGGAGCUUUCUUACAUGUGAAUGAGCAUGAGGUAGUUGGAUAUGACAACAAUGUGCUAUGUUCCUCCCCCCAACUGUCCCUCUCUUUCAUGGACUCGUCCUCCAGCAGUAGUCAGGCAGUGUGCGUUCAUGUGUAUCGAGUUUUUUCACCUGACGUCACAGGGUCACGUGACGCCCCGGUGUCCGCCAUUUUGAAGGUCAAGCUAGCUAAUGUCAACAACAGUAGCUAGUAUGUUA